AUGGGUUGUGCGAUUUCCCUGCUGACUUUGGUACUGAUUGCCUCGGGCGAGCUCGAGCCAGAGCCAAGAAGGGGGAAGGCGGGCAAGAGCAAAGCAGACCUUUCUGCGUCUUCCAAGGCACCAGCACCUCCGCAAAUCGAUGUGCAUGCCUGGCAGUGGAAGGUGCUUGCAGCCCUCCGGGCCGCCGCUUCGGAGGAAGAAGCGGAGCGAGCGCUGUCUGGGCAGCUACCUCUCGAGGACUAUGUGCCUGCACUCCCGGCAGAUGGGGACUUGUUUGUUGAGGUCGACAGGCUCAUCCGUAAAAGCUGGUGGCGGGCAUCGCGCGCGGCCAUCGUCCGCGGCCGUCAGCAUCGGAUGGACUUGACUGCUCCGGUACGCCGCUGUGUCUCUGAACUGAAGCAAGAGGCUGAGGAGCUGGUGCGGUGGCUGGACCCUUCCUAUGCCCACCCGGCCUCCACGCCCAUGGCGAUUCAGUGGGCUCAAAACUCGUCUGCUGUGAUGAUAGCAGCUCGCUUCUCACACAAGUGGGAGGCACCCGGAGCAAACCUAGCAGUGUACUCCACAGAGAAGGGCCAAGGUCACGUCAACAAGGACCGCACAGCCGAGUCAGUUCGGCGUCUACUUCGUGUAAACAUUUCCUCAUCUCGAGUUGAGGCUGAGAUCAUUGCGAAGGUGCAGAACAGCAGAAAGCGAUUUACGCUGGACCUGAACCUUUUCGAUGAGACCAUCCCUCAUGCGUCAGGCUGGACUGUCGAGUUUCGCAAAGCGCGAGGCAGCAUGCAGAUGAGCCGCGGCGCGGAGAUUCCGGAACUUCACAUUCACAUGCGGAAGCGCUGGCCCUCGCCAGACUACGCCUGGCCGCGCCUUGCCGACGAAGCUGGAGCCGAGAUGGCGAUGCUCGAGAAGGAGAUGCAGUUCAGCGGCCCAAUGCUCAGCGAGAGCACGUUGACUUGCCUGCGCGGUAGCAGCCUCUACUGCCCAGCAAGCGAUUCCUGCACAUCUUCCUGCAGCGGCUGCCAGGGCCUAGGCCAAGCGCGAGGGAGCCGCUGUGGGGCGUCACUGGCUGCACAGCUGGAGGCGGCUUCCACAGGAGACUCGUUGGGGGGAGUUUUCCUUGACGAGGACCUGCAGCCUGACAAGCUUGGUGGCCUCUUCCGGUGGGUGCAUCGGCCAGAGCUGCUUGCGGCAGAGGCUUUUGCGCUCUGCUGGGCGAGGCCGCUCGAGGCUUCGGAGGCAACUUGGAAGCUGAUUCGCCCUUCAGACGCCCGGCUCGUAGCGUGGGAAGUGCAAGAUUCAGACCCCUGGCCACAACUGCAGGUCCCGAAUGGAACCUACUUGCCGGCAGAUGCCCGCCAUCUCGUCCUGGUUGCUUUGCCCACUGUUCCGGCGGCAGAGGAUCUGCAAGGCGGCCUCUGCUCCGCUGGCAUACCGGCUGCAGCUGCAAGCGUGAUGGACCGCUGGCGACCGGCGGUCGAAGAGAUGGCUCUGGCCUUUGAGGACAUCGAUCCUCAACCGAUGUCUCUUCUGGGUUCCGCAAAACUGACGCGAAUCGCUGCCAAGGCGGAGACAGCGGCUCCCGCCCUGUCUUUCGAGCUGCGAUGGGGCCGUCAGCAGCAGGGAUGGUGGCUUGUAGGCGAUGACAACUCUUCACUUAUAGCCAAAGCUGCGGCUGAUGAGGAUGACAUCGUGAUGGAGGUCAGGAGCAGCAACUCUUCUGGUGCAGGCGAAGUCGCCUUAAAGGAGUCAGGGAGUUCACGCUGCAGUUUGGCACUGACGAUGUCACUGUGUAUCAACGUCGACAUUCCGCAGCCGUGGCAGAUCGUCGCCGUCCAUGAUUUCAUGAGCCCAUAG